CAAACCACAAAAUAGCCAAAAUAUCAAACAAAUGGGUUCAUUUGAAGCUAGGAUAUUGGCUGAAAUAAGGGAAUUUAUGGUGUCAACUGUGCAACGCCGCCCAUAUUCAUCACUUGGAAUCAUGCCGCCUGCUGCCGCCGCCGCGGAAACCAAGCCGCUACUGUACACGGAGUUUCCAGCCCUCCAUGACGAUGAAGUAGUCGUUCCGCAGGAUGGCACGAUCGUCACGUCGUACCUGGGUCUCAUGAGUACCAUGGCGGGUGCUUGCAUCCUCACCCUGCCCAGCACAAUGCAAAUGACCCCCGUGUUGCCGUCGUCGUUUCUGUUGGUCGCGAUGGCGGGACUCGCGUAUGCUGGGUGUGUUUGCAUCUGCAUCGCGUGCGACGGCAGCGGCGCCACGUCCUUUGAAUCCCUCGCCAAACGUCUGCGUCAUCCCAUCCAACUGUGGAUCGUGCGGGGUCUUGUGAUGCUGCUCCUUUUCGGUGCCGUCGUCAUGUACGUCGUUAUCGCGACCGACAUGCUCCAACCGUUCCUUCCUUUCCUCUCGCGCUUCGUCAUCGGUGGUCUCUUUGCCGGCAUCUGUCUCCCUCUCUGCCUUCCAGACACCGUCGCCGCACUCAAGUACACCAACUCCGUCGUCGUCUGCUGCGUGCUGUACAUCGUCGUCGUGCUGGUGUUCCAAGCCGUCUCCCAAGAGAACGCGUGGCCCAGCGAACCCGUCUCCCCCGUCACCUUCCGCGGAGUAGCGUACACCAUGCCCAUCCAAGCGCUGAGCUACUGCAUGCACCUCAACAUCCCACAAGUGUACAGCGAACUGCCGCACAAGCCAUCCAUGUCCAUCGUGUUUGCGCUCUUGUUUGGCUCGGGCGUGGCGCUGUACCUCACUGCCGCCUUGGCGGGUUAUGCUUGCUUUCACGGGUUUCCGCCGUCGGAUAUUUUAACUGGGUUUGCAGCCGACAGCCCGACUAUCAACGGCGUACGACUGGCAUUGGGCGUGUGUAUGUUAUGUAAGACCCCCAUCACAUACCAACCUUUGCGCGAAGUGAUGGAGGACAUGGCGGGUGGACUAUUUCCGAAAAUGGCGUUUCGAUUGGCGGCGACUUCGGUAUUCCUGGUGGCGUCGUGGAUUCUAGCCGUGACCGCCAACGACUUAAGCUAUGUGAUGGAUUGGGUGGGAGCGACGGCGGGUGUGUUGCUCUCGUUUGCAUUCCCAGGCUUGUUCCUGUGGGAAAUGCUCGAUCAAGAUUAUCACCAGCAGGCGUACUCGACCUCUCAAAUCCGAUGGUAUAAGGUGUUGGCAGGGUUUAUGGUUAUCACGGGGGUGUUCCUGUCGGCUGUGUCCGUGGCCAGAAUGAUCUGGUUUUACUAACUAAAAACUAAUUCACUGUUAGUUAACCGUCAUA